CCCUAAUCAUAAGAACAAUAUUAAUGCCCACGUGCCAUCUUUCCACCCCAUCCAUCACGAUCCUCCACGUAGAUAGUCAUGUGGCCCCACAGCCAAUUCCUGUCUCUUUUCAACUAUUCCGCGGCUUCUUCAGUGAAGUUGAGUUACACGCGCCACGAAAGGCUCGUGAGUGUUUCCACUGUUAUAUUUCUUAUUAGCUUCUGAGGUAGAAGGGUCCAAUAGAGGAGGCAAAAUCGCACUUCGUCACCGUUCUCUUCCUUGUUUGGCCUACGCCGGUGACGGUACUUUGAAACAACACCCGCUUAUAGAUUCCUGAUUAAUUUCCUCCACAAUCCAUCUUUCUUGCUGUCACCCAAAUUUUGGAUUCGAUUCUGUUUGGUGAAUAUCGAUCCCAUGAGGUUUCUAUCAGGGUUUUAGUUAUGGAGGCACGACCUGCUUUAUCCAUUCAGAGAUCAGGUGCAAGUCAGCUUAUUAACAAUGGGGUAUCUGGAGGACUGUCAUCAUCUUUACCCAUCCUUUCAACACAUCUGGAAGAGACAUAUGAAAAGUUCCCCGAUACUCAACAGGCACAUGCAGAAAGGGAACUCAUGACUAGGUCUUUGUUCCACACAACUCGUCUUCCCACCAGUAAUGGGGUGGUUGGUCACAUAUUUUCAUCAUCGUCUGGAGUUUCAAGUGAUAUUCAUUACACAUCUGCAUUACCAAAUGAAAAGCAUUCAAGAAAUUCUCCUUUCAUUUCUGAAUCGCCACCUAAUACUGCAGCAUUGCCAUUAGCACAAUCGUUAAAUUCACUGUUGCCUCAAUCUACAAUACCUAGUCAAUGCAACAAAGAAAAUAGUGGUUCUUGGUGUACAGAUACUGAUUUUCUUGAUUUUCCUGAACGGGCAGACCAGCUUAUCACUGGUGAUGAUGCAUUGGCCUCCAAUUGGAAUGAGCUUCUUGCUGACAACGUUACAAAUUUGGAACCAAAGACGACAUAUCAGGUGGAAAAACCAUGCACAACCGGACCUGCACAGAAUCAGCAACUUCCUUCUCCAUCUGUAGAAAGUCAAAGUGUUGUAAACCCCUCUUCAUCAGUAAAUAAUUCCCCGGCAAAAUCACGAAUGCGGUGGACACCAGAACUUCAUGAAGCCUUUGUUGAAGCUGUCAACCAAUUGGGAGGCAGUGAAAGCAGGGAUUUAAAUAGCGUUUUCGGUCGCGUCGCGUUUAUCGCGGUUGCGGACAUAAUGGAUGCCAUCGCGGUUACUGCAGAAAUACAGAACAGCUAGAUACAGACCAGAGCUAUCAGAAGGAUCCUCGGAGAAAAAAUUGACUUCUAUGGAAGAAAUCUCGUCUCUGGACCUGAAAACGGGAAUGGGGAUCACUGAAGCUUUGCGGUUACAGAUGGAAGUCCACAAGCGGUGCACGAGCAGCUUGAGAUUCAAAGAAAUUUGCAGUUGCGAAUUGAAGAACAAGGGAGGUACCUCCAAACGAUGUUUGAGAAGCAAAAGUCAGGUUUAGACAAGCUGAAGGUAUCAUCUUCUAAUCCAGAGAAUCCACCUGCUUCUUCAGAUGCUACUGAUGAAUCUCCUACAAAAAGUGAACGGGAAUCCUCCCAGAGGGAUCAUGUAAAUUCCAGAACAGGCACUGUUAAUGCCAAGUCCAUGUCGGAGAGAAUUCCACACGAAAUUUGUGGACAGCAUAAAGCACCUGAAACUGGUGAUCUAGAGAAAGCUAAAACCCGUGUUUCUGAGUUGAGUUCACAACCCUCAAAGCGCCCACGAAUUGAAGAAUAAGUUAUAACAGCUUUGGACUGAGUACCGUAAUUAGUUCAUGGAUGAACUCAGCAGUAGAAUAGGCCAAGUUGAGAUAAGGUUAGGGCUUUUGAAGUUUUAAGGUCCUCUUCCCUCUUGUUAUUGUGAACAAUUCGCUUAAGCACUCCUGCCUUUAGCUGGAAAAAAA